AGGCCUUCGACCUGGUGCUGCGACACGGCCGUAACUUCACCCUGGCCAUGCUGAAGUCGGAGUUCCCGGGCCUCGGGGGUGGAGCCCAGAGCUUCGUGGGGCAGCUCUUCCUGGACAUGUCACUGUACAUCCUGGGCUCAGACUCCUCAGUGGACCACAUGGUGGCGGUGCUCUACGGGCGCCUCUUCCCCCUGGCUUACCGGCGCCUGCUUGGCGGCACCGUUUCCUCUGCAUCUGAGGAGUGUGUGAGAGGGGCCUGGAAGGAGACCGCAGCAUUUGGCCCCUAUCCCAAACUGAUGAUGACCCGUCUGUCCCGCUCCCUCCUGGCCACUCGGGUCUUCCUGCAGGCGCUGAACCUUGGCAUCGAGGUUGUGAACACCACGGACCACCUGCGCCCCGGCAGGGACUGCAGCCGGGCCCUGCUGAGGCUGUGGUACUGCCCGCACUGCCAGGGCCUGCUGGGGCCGCCAGCCUGCAGGGGCUUCUGUCAGGCCGUUAUGCAGGGCUGCCUGGGGGGGGCGGCCGAGGUGCAGCCCCACUGGAAGAGCUAUGUAGACGGGCUGGGGAAGCUGGCCGGCGGAAUGAGGGGAGAGCAGGACAUCGAGGCUGUUGUUCUUAGACUGCCUUCAAUUAUCAAACUGGCCCUCAAACACGCUGUGAACUCCCGCAGCCGCCUCACUGCUGCG